CUAUUUCAUCGUCCGGUUCCUAAAUAAUUGUCGUUUUAACAUUUUACGGAUUUAAUAUAAAUAUAUUUUUAAAUAAAAAAUAAUUUUAAAGCCAGCUACAAAAGCUCCCUCUUUUCAGACACUUAAUUCCCUCCCAUCCCAAUUUUAUUCAAAAAAUAAUUAUACAAAACUUUAAAAAAACCAACCAAAAUUACUUCAUAUAUAACAAACAAAAACUACCCAUUUCACUCAAUUUUUCACCCUUCUUCUCUAUCACUUUCUCUCUCCUCUCAAAUAAUCGAUACACCCAAAAUACUUUAGGUUGAUUGACUGAAUAAAUUACCGAAGUUUGGUGGGAUUUUUUUAUCCAUUUUUGUAUAUAAAUCUAAACAAAGUUAUAAUCUUUGGUGGGUUCGAGCAUGCACAAAAAAUGACAACACCAACGUUGCAGAAGAAGCAGCAAAUUCAUGAAGAUAAUGAUGUUUCAACAACUACUUCUUCUAAGCCUAAAGAGCGCCGUAUUGUCACUUGGACUCAAGAGGAGGAUGAUAUAUUAAGGGAGCAAAUAAGCAUACAUGGAACUGAAAAUUGGACGAUUAUUGCAUCCAAAUUUAAGGAUAAAACGACGAGACAGUGUAGACGAAGGUGGUACACAUAUCUGAAUUCUGAUUUCAAAAAAGGGGGUUGGUCACCAGAAGAAGAUAUGUUGUUAUGUGAGGCACAGAAGAUAUUUGGCAAUAGAUGGACUGAAAUUGCCAAGGUGGUCUCUGGGAGAACGGAUAAUGCUGUGAAGAAUCGAUUCUCCACCUUGUGCAAGAAGAAAGCGAAACGUGAAGCUUUGGCUAAGGAGAACACCAAUGCAUAUAUCAAUGUGAACAACAAAAGGAUUUUGAUUGAUAGUAAUGGGUUUCAUUCGCAAGCGAUUGCAUCACCACUUAAAAAGUUUAGGAGGGAGCAUAUUCCAAAUCCGGCAGUAAGUUUGAGGUCUGGAAACAUGUUGCUCAAGGAAUGUGUUUCAUCAAGGCAGCACCCAAGACCCCCAUUUGCAGUAUUGGCUCAAAAUGUUGAUAAAUCACUAGUGUCCGCAACUAAGGACUCUUUGAUCAAUGUGACAGGUGACAAGAAAUUGGAUGGAACAUUUCUUCGAAAGGAUGAUCCAAAGGUAGCUGCUUUGGUGCAACAAGCGGAGCUACUUAGCUCUCUCGCAGUUAAAGUAAACAUGGAUAACACAGAGCAAAGUCUUGAGAAUGCUUGGAAAGUACUACAAAAUUUCUUUGGCAAAAGCAAAGAGAACGAGGAGUUUAAGUACAAAAUAGCGGAUACAGAUAUGCAACUUGAUGAUUUCAAAGCCUUGGUGGAGAGUUUGAGAAGUAGCAGUGAUGACAUUCCAUUAUCGCAGAGGCAGCAUGAUGUGUACGAGUCACCAAGCAGCUCCGAGUACAGUACAGGAUCAACUAACUUGUCCGCUUGUGAUCAAGGGGAACUAUCUCAGGGAGAGAUAUCGACAAUGCACGAGGAUAUCAGAGCAGCAUCACAGUCAGUACAAAUAGCAGAUGAUGGUUGUGUUGACAUGCCAGAAAAUAAGUUCCUCUCCUGUGCAACAGCAGAUCAAGAUUUUAAUUCCCCUCUUCAAGUAACUCCUCUGUUCAGAACUCUAGCAUCUACAAUACCGAGCCCACAAUUUUCAGAAAGUGAGAGGCACUUUCUACUGAGAACACUUGGAAUUGAGUCUCCUACUCAGAACACGAUCACCAAUUCCAUGCAACCUCCACCUUGCAGAAAGGCACUUCUCCAAGGGCUUUGAACAACAAUUUUCCUGAUCGCAUCUUACAGAUAACAACCAUCCUUAUUCCUUAAUACUAUUGCAGUUAUAAAGUCGAAGAUUUUUGUCAGUCUUCGCGGUUUUUUCCAGCAUUGCAGCCACAUAGGCCCGGAUUUUUUUGAGAGGCUUUCUAAGAUCUGCAUUUCCAAGAUCCACAUUCCAGAAUGUCAAACCAAGGCGACAUUCUUUCUCCAUCAGAUCGAACUAUCAACGGUCUGCAUUCCCUUCAUUCUUUGUUUACUGAUUCAUCUUCAGGGUGCCUAAAGCUUUACCCUGGUGUGAAUUCAAUUGUCUAUGAUGUGUGUCAUUCUUUCGUUUUUAUGGGGUUUCGAAUUAAGGGUAAUUCAAUUCCCCCCAGCCAGUAUUUGGCAUUUAUUCAUCUUUUGUACAGCAACCUGCAACACCAUAACCUUAGUUUAUCGUAGAGUGUAUAAUCAUUUAUACUUGGGUAUCUCAUCGAUCCCAAAUAGAUAUAAGUAAAAGGAAGAAAGAGUUUUGGAGGAUCUACCAAUGGAAUGGUAAUCCUUUUUGUUUUUCUUUUCUAUCUUGGUGUGAAGAUAGUAUAGAAUAAGCUUUUGUUCGAGGUUUUCGAUCUUCCUCACUGGAUGUAAUGUACUGUAAACUCAAGAUGAUUUGAGUUGGAAAAGAAAAAAAAGAAAAAGGCAAAGGAGUCUGAUUUGUGUGCA